AUGUCCGCGGAAGCCCGGGCGGCGUACGGCGACCCCGCCCGCGAGUGCCUCUGCCCGCCCGCCUCUCCGCCGCCCCCGCCGCCCGAGGGGAGGGAGGCCAUGAGUGUGUCCAUGGGCGGCGUCAGCAGCAGCAGCGGCGGCGGCAGCGGCGUGGGCGGGAGUGUGGGCAACCCUGGCCGCCCGCACUUCUCCAUCAGCUCCAUCCUGGGCCUCGACACUUCACAGAGACUCCGCCCACACGAACCUCAGAGCCCCCCGCCGCCCACGCCCUACACUCACGCCCACAUCGUCAGACCUUCCUCGCCCGCGUACCACAAGAGAAGCCCUUCGCCGUCGCCACACUUCGCGCUCGCCAGAGAGGGGUCGGCGGAUCACGCCCACACGAGGUCGCCCCCGCAGCGGGCGGCGUCGCCCGCCUACCCGCUGUACCUGGGCGAGGGGAGCCACGAGGCCUCGGCCGCCCACACCCCCGUCGAGCACCUCCACUCCGCCCACGACGCCCCUUACACGCCCACGGAUGACGCCCUCCUGGACGACGACGAGGAGGACGACGACGUGGGUGGCGCGGAGGAGGCCCGCCCGCACGGCAUCGACAUCCACCACAACUCGGCCUUCGUCCGCCCGACGCCCCUGCAUCUCCGGCCCGACGUCGAGGGCGUGGAGGCCGUCACGUCCCUCGGCGGGGGCGGGGGCGUGGCGGGCCCUCUGGGGGGCGGCCCUCUCAACCCCGCCGCCCACCUGCCCCCCCUGUGGUACCCCCCGUGGGUGGCCGCCUUCAAGCCCACCUUCGGACUGCAAGCCCCCCGCCCUACCGGCCGGAGAUCGCGGAAGCCUGGCGUUGACCGGAAACCUCGACAAGCCUACAGUGCUAAGCAGUUGGAGCGGCUAGAGGCAGAGUUUAAGGUGGACAAGUACCUGAGCGUGUCGAAGCGCCUGGAGCUGUCGCAGGCGCUCAACCUGACGGAGACGCAGAUCAAGACGUGGUUCCAGAAUCGGAGGACCAAGUGGAAGAAGCAGAUGGCCGCCCGCAUGAGGCUGGCCCAGCGGCAAGGUCUCCUGCCGCCCCACCUCUACCCGGCCCUCCCGCCCAUCCCGCCCAUUCUCGGUCCCUACUACCCGCUCACGCCGCACACUCACGCCCACAUCGUGCCCCCGCCUCCCCUCCUCACGCCCAUGUCCCCGCCGGACCCGCCCUUCUCGUCAGCCCACGAUCCGCCCACGGCUUAA